CCAAAAGGCAAAAGGAAGCACGAGCACGCACGCGCGCGAUCCACCCCUCACACGGCAAGCAAGCGGAGGCGUCCUCCGUCCCCUCCCCCGGCUCGUGCUCGCCCCGCGCCUUGCUCGCAAAGAUCUGCUGGUGGCUCGGCCCGCGGGCCGCGAUGAGCUGCGGGGGGCAGGCCGGCGGGUGGCUGCUGGACUACGGGCUGGUGGAGGAGGAGAUCCAGGGCUCCGAGUUCAUCUACAUGGUCGACGACCCGGCCGUCUCCAGCGUGAUACUGGGGUUCGAUGCUCCCAGGAAGGAGGACGGCGUCCAGGACAACCCCGCCGCCAAGAAGAGAUCCCGGCCGGAGUCCAGCGCCCCACCCGGCACCAAGGCUUGCCGUGAAAAGCUCCGGCGAGACAGGCUCAACGAAAGGUUCAACGAACUCUGUGCCAUCUUGGAGCCCGGGAAGCCGCCCAAGGCCGACAAAGUCGACAUUCUAAGUGACGCUGCCCGCCUCCUGAACCAGCUGCGUGCUGAGGCCCAAAAGCUCAAGCAAUCAAAUGAAUCGCUCCAGGAUUCCAUCAAGAGCCUCAAGGCUGAGAAGUCUGAGCUGCGCGACGAGAAGACGAGGCUGAAGGCCGAGAGGGAGAGGCUGGAGCAGAUGCUCAAGGGCGUCAGCGCCGCGGCUGCCCCGGCACCCUUCCUCCCGCACCCUGCCGCAUCCGCGCCGUCAUUCCACCCGGCCGCGUUUGCCCAGGCCGGCAAGUUCGUCCUGUACCCCACCUACCCGCCACCGGCCGCGUUCUGGCAGUGGAUACCGCCGACGUCCCUGGACACGUCCAAGGACCCUGCGCACUGGCCGCCGGUCGCGUAGUCGGCCAACUGGGCUUUGCACCUGGUGUAGAAUUUGACCAAAGCACGCCUGAAGAAAACUUCGGGGGUUGCUGAUUGUGUAGCAGUGUUUGUGCUUUGUGUCGUGGAUAAAGGUCAGUGAGUGACAGGAUAUACUAAAAUUCAGCUGAUCAUUGCCGAUGGAGAUGUCUAUGUAACAGUCCUAAUUUUAAAGCAAUGAAGGUGAUAUGAUUAAACUA